AUGAGUGCCGCUGAGGAGCAUCAAAUGCGUGAAGAUCACUUCCUCUUCCAAGAGCCUGACUCUACUCUUUUACUGUCGUCUGGUAUGGGCCGACACUGGCCGGAUGCUCGUGGUAUCUUCGCCAACGAUCAGAAGAACUUCCUAGUUUGGGUGAAUGAAGAAGACCACAUGAGAAUUAUAUCCAUGCAGAAGGGUGCCGACAUUAAGACUGUUUUCACUCGAUUCUGUGAUGCAGUUAACAAAGUGCAGGAGGUUGUCAAGCAAGAAGGCUACGACUUCAUGCAUAAUGACCAUCUCGGUUACGUCCUCACAUGUCCAAGCAACCUUGGCACUGGUCUUCGUGCAUCUGUCAUGGUGAAGGUUCCACUACUCUCAGCUAGGCCCGACUUCAAGGAUAUCUCUAAAUCCUUGCACCUUCAAGCUCGUGGUGGUGCUGGAGUUGACAGCGCCAGUGUUGGUGGUAUCUGGGACAUCUCCAAUAGUGAUAGAAUUGGCAAGUCUGAGGUCGAGCUCGUGAACAUCAUGAUCUCGGGGUGCUCGAAGAUCGUCCAAAUGGAGCACGCAUUGGAGAAGGGCGAUACAGCUGCUUUCGAGGCACUCAAACCUGCCAGCACUCAAUCGUCUUCUG